AAUCUGAACCGUUAAUGGUACCUCCCCUUUGUUUUUCAACAGAGGCGAAGGAAUGGUUUCGGUGCUUCGAGCUCCAGACAUGGCGACCCGGUGCCUCUCCUCCUUCUCUAUAUCCUCGCUCGCAGUCCUCCCCAAUUCAUCUGCGAGAAAUCUCACUUGUAAACCCCCAAUCCAUCUCCCAAUCACGUCUAACAAUUCGUUUUCCAAACAGAGAAAGGAUCGGAGUGCUCGUCUGACAGAGAUGAUGGUCAAGGCUUCACCUGAUGUCGACUUUCUCGUGAAAGAAGAUGAUAAGAUCUCCGAGCCCAAUGAUUAUGGAGUUGUAAGCAUUCAUCAUGUUGGUUUGCUGUGUGAGAACCUGGAAAAAUCACUUGACUUCUACCAGAAAGUUCUAGGUCUUCAAAUAAAUGAGGCACGUCCACAUGAUAAACUUCCAUACAGAGGUGCCUGGCUAUGGGUGGGUACUGAAAUGAUUCAUUUGAUGGAGCUUCCAAAUCCUGAUCCAUUGACUGGGCGCCCGGAGCACGGUGGUCGGGACCGCCAUGCUUGCAUUGCAAUAAAAGAUGUAUCCAAGCUGAAGGCCAGAUUUGAUGAAGCUGGAAUCUCCUACACUCUUAGUCGAUCCGGGAGGCCGGCAAUCUUUACACGGGAUCCUGAUGCAAAUGCACUUGAAUUUACACAGGUUGAUUGAUCACCAACCCAAAGUUUCAUAUCUUAUUGUAAUUCUACAUAUAUAGCUAUCAUUAUGGUCUACUCAAUGAUCUUGUGAAUAUUUGUCUGACAUUUGUGCUCAUGUAUAAAUCCAGUACAAAUUUUAAUGAAGUGUGACUUAGUAAUCAA